AUGUUCGCUCGAGUUGUGGAUCGGAGAUUCCGAAAGCACUCAGUGCAUCACCCGCCGAGCACUUAUAGCAGGUAGGGCAGGGAUAAGAAACUGAAUUUUUCUGACAAGGAUUUUAUACUAAAAUUACUGUAUCUAGUUUUUAUGAGCACUGAAAAGAAAUGACUGUAAGAAAAAACUAUCGGUAUGCAAGCCCUAUUGCUUACAAAAUCCCAAUUUCAGACUACUAUGGGGAAUCGUAAUCGUCGUGUUUUUGUGUCUGGCAAUCUACCAGAUUGCUACACAAGUUCGUUUAUUCCUAAAAACACCCAUCUCAACGAAUAUCGAAGCACAUUACCCAGCAGAAGUACCAUUCCCGGUGAUUGCCAUAUGUAAUAAUAAUCAAUAUCGCUUAACUUAUUUGACUGGAAAACGGCUACUCAACAGGCCAAGGAAGUUCAAAGGGGAUAGUAAAAAUUCAACGGAUAUUUAUGACGAGGUAAGUUCUUUAAUCUUGAUGAUAUUGGUUUCACAAUUUCAUAAUUAUAUUUUUUGAAUUUUCAGGCUCUCCAAGCAGCUUGGGAUUACGAUGCGAUAAAAUUCUUGCGCAACGCAGCCCAUUGGAAAAGUCGAAUGAUAAUGGACUGUCAUUGGCCAAAUGGAACCCGUUGCGUAAAUCAAUUCAAGGCCAUGUGGACGCUAACCGGACUCUGUUGGGCCAUAAAUACUGAUCCGAUGAAUCCAAUAACAGUCUCCGGUGCAGGCAAGUGCAAGCUUGCAAAAUCUCUUAAGCUUUUCUUAAACUUUAUUUGUUUACCUAUUAUUUUAUUGCUUUCAGGGCCAAGUCACGGCCUCCGGCUCUUGCUAAAUAUUGAAAGAUACGAGCGAAUUGAAAGUUGCACACCAAAAUUCAAAGCUACAGGAUUACCCGGGCUAAAGAUCCUUAUUUUCAAUCAAAAUCACUCGGCGAUAUCCGGGAAUGACGGAGUGAAUGUGCCUCCAGGGUAUUCCAUGGACAUACCCUUUAGGGUUCAAGAGGUAAAUAUUUGUUUUCUUUUUUGAAAUACUAUACUUCAAGACAAUUCUAGUGAUUUUUUGCACUUUUAGCGUCACAAGUUCCCGGGAAAAACAUGCAUUCAAGAGACCGAAGAGCAAAAAUCUACAACUUAUACCUCUUUCGAUGACCCGAACAAUCUCAGAACUUGUGUGAUCCGCCGAUUCCUUCAAGAUGUAGAGUACAAGUGUAAUUGCUCGCUAAAAAGGGCAUAUGAUCCAACUGGAAGCGGUGAGAUUUUUUAAAACUUUCCCUCAAUCUUAUGGCCUUUAGAAAGUCUUCCAGCCUGCAAUGUUCAGGAAUACUUUAACUGUGUUGAUCCUAUCAAAAAGCAAGGGAUGAAUAUGGGCUUCAAUCAAUAUAAUUGUGAAACUCCAUGCGAUGAAAUCGAUUACAUUGCGUGGCAAGAUAUGAACGAGCUUCCAAUGAACAUCUUUCCCAAAAUUAUCGAUACAGAGAGCAAUGAUUCGAGUGAAGAAGAGGACGAUGAUGAUGUUGAAGUGGAAGAUGAGGAUACAGUGAGUCGUCAUAAAGAUGAUCAAGUUGUAAAAAUAAUUUCAGUACCCAGCAGAAAUCCUUGAAAGUAUAAAAUGCGAAGAGAACCAAUUGCUGGACGAGAAACAAGUCGCUGACGUGAAGUUGUAUGCCCACAGAGCCUAUGAAAAACAAGCAAGAUAUCAGGAAGAUAUAUUGAUUAGAACUAAGAGACUGAUCGGAAGGGUUAAUCAGACUGCUAACAGGUAUGCAACCUCCAUUGUGUAUUGUGUAAUUACGUCAGGUUGAUUGAACUUCAAUGGGGCUGGAAUGACGACGAUUUUGUUGGAGUUUACGAACGCUUGCAUAAAUAUGUCCCUUGUUUUGCUAAUAUGACCGACCGCCAUGCCGAUGUCUUUGCUGCAAUUCGAUCUCCAGCCAGUCACAGUGAAGAGCACAGGUCAAAAUUACUGUAUCAGCUAGUAAACCCUACCGGAUAUAAAGCUAAUUCCGUAAGAUUUUUAAAGAUUGUUCAACCUUGUUCAGGAAAAAUUUAAAACAUUGGCGGAUGUCAAGCGAGAAUACGGAGAGAAGGCUGAAAUCCGAUUGGAUGAGAUGACGAAAUGGGAGGGAGUUUUAGAAAGAUUGGCGUCGAUUUAUGACGAGCAAAAUUAUAACCACAAGUUAUCGGAAAAGUUGAAGAGAAUGAAUCGAAUUAUCACGUUGAUGGACAAUUUUGACAAAGGAUUGCUGCAAAAGAGGGCUUGGGCGGACAAAAUGAAAAACCGAAAUAUGGAUCAUUUCUUCGAUGAGGACUUUUAUGAGGUAACUUAACAAGAACAAGGUCUUACAUUGGCUUUAGAACUGGUACAAUGUCAUCAUCAAGGACAUGGAGGUGAAUAUUCUAAAAACAGUGUCCAAUAUUGAGCACGCCCUUCCUGAUGCUAUGAGCUUUAUUGCGCGAGGAAAGGGGCUUGAUGUAAGUGCCAAAAAUUAAAUAAAUCUCUGUUCCCAAUGUCAUAUUUACUGUAUAAAAAUGUUGAUUCUUUUUCAGACCGGCUCCGUAAUCUUAUUUGGCGACACCAGCAAUGAGCAUGUGCGUAUGUUCGCCAAUUUCAUGGACGAUGCGUUGUCUUGCACGUUUGACGAAGUCCGAAACCAGUCAGCCAUCAUUUUGGAAGAGUUUAGAAAAGCGAUGCAUGAUUUCCAAUCGGCUUACAUCAAUUUGUUCAAAAAGGAAUUGCCGGAAUAUUUGGAAAAGUUUGAGUUUGGCCAUAAAUUCGUGAAGGAAAAUUUUGCCGAAGUAAACGUCUUCUUGCACAAGAUGAAUGUUGAGAUCUGGCGGCAGGACUCGACCUACAGUAUCUGGAGUUUGUUCUGUAAGUCAAAAAUUUCGAAAGCAGACAAAUAACGAAAUUUUAAGGCGACGUUGGUGGAGCCUUGGGUCUGUUUUUGGGUGCAUCAUUACUCACAAUCAUCGAAUUCUUCUACCUGUGUUUCCAAUAUGGCUUCUGUAAAACGGAGAAUCUUAAACCUCAAAAACUGUAAGAGAGUUAUAAAAACUAACAGUUUGAUAAAUUUAACUCAUUUGCAGAGACAAAGAAGAAAGUUUGCAGUUGUCUGACAAACCAACUAAUGAAAAAGCCGAAGCCUUAUGACCAUAACACCUUUGAAUUUCUAUCGAUCUCUGUAAAUUUGAUCUCGGUGGACCUUGACGUCCAAACUAAAUACUACCUUGUCUAACAUGCCUUCUGAUCUCUGCUUAUUUUUAAAUGAGAGUAUAACUUAUGAAUAACCUAUUGAAUAAACUAAUUAAUAUUUCUGAGUUUAUAAUAUUUGAAGAAUAACAUCACCAAUUCAAAUUUUAGGAAACUUUACGGGAAUAGAAUGAAAAACAGUGCGCAAAAGAAGGCCCGGAAAACUUGGAGGAGAUGGAAGAACAGGAAGAAUAAAGAUUAUCACGAUCCCGAGAGUAGCAAUGAAUCAGAUGAAGAGCCUUUUGAUGAUCCAGAAUGGGGAUUCAACAGACCAAAACGUAGUCAUCCUGUUGUCAGAUACUCGCCGUUGAGCGAAGUUAAAGAGGUAUGGGAAUUUCUACCGGUCCGCUUCAUUGGAUAUCAUAAAAUAAAAGUACUAGUCGCGGAAAAAAGUCCUGGGAAUUUUCUGCGACUCUGCACUGUGCAUGAACCCGAAAAGUGGAUUUGCACAGUGCAAUUUUGUUGAUUUUGGCUUAUUGUCGCGCGAGAUUCCCGCGACAAAUCAACUUUUCGGAGCGCGACGGAGUUUGGGGGCCGCGAGAAAUUCCCAGGACUUUUUUCCGCGACUAGUACCAAAGUUUAGGUCGACAUCGAGGAUGAACCAGAAUCCCAGCACCAGGCUGCGCCGUCAAAGUUUUCAAAACUGAAGGACAAAUUGAAACGAAGAAAGAAACCGGAAGACGAACCAAAACCACAAGUGAAACAACAAGACGAAUCUAAAAAUUCCAGUAGCUCGUCAAGUUCAACUAAUUCGUCAGGUAAGCAAAAAAGUUGCCAAGAAAUGGACUGUUCUUCCCAAAAAAACCCGCCUUUACUGCGUAAUUUUCCACAGUGCACUUUUGCCCUUUUCCAAUGCCAAAGGAACACAAUUUUUCUCUUUCCCUUCCAAAAUCCCAAAUUUCAAAAGGAAACGCGCGACAAAGAAAUCGCGGCGACAAACCGAAUCGCGCGCGACGUCUUCUCUCUCUUUCAAUUUUCUCUGUCGACUCCUUCCAGUGCGCUCAAUCCUCAAAACAUUUUGUCGCCGUGAUGAAAAGUUGCCGCUGCGACAACCAUUCUGCGACAAAAAAAUCUGGAGCGAUCUGCAAAAUUUCGAGCAGGUGUCAUGGGUGAUGUCGCAAAAAUUCAUGGACAAAACAGCUUGUCGCCCUGCAAUUUUUUGCCGCGAUGGCGAAAUUCGAGCUGUGAGAGGGCCUUUUCUUGGCUUUUGACUUUGAUUGCACAGUGCAAAAGGCUUGGAAUUUGCACAGUGCAGUGAAAAAAAAGCAUUCAGAAAAUGUAGCGAACGAAAGUUGGUUUAAACUGAAAGUUGAGUGCUUCAAAAGUUGUCAGCUUGCGUACAGUUAUUGAAAAAUAAUUCUUUCAAGCAUAAGUCCUUCAAGAUUUGCUUAAUCAAAACCAGUUUCUAUCAAAUUUUUCUGAAGGCUUCCUAAACACCUUUUUCAGAUUCAGUUUUCCUGGAUAUGCUCACGGAACGUCCGCACAGUAGCCCGGACGUAAGUUAUACUCCUCCGGCAAAUGUUUCUCAGCCAGAUCAGAAGCAGCCUUCCUCUUCAGGUCAAAAAGGUAAAACAGUUUUGACCGAUUUCCCAUUUCAUAUCUUGUUUUUGUAUUGCGGCAGUCAUCGCUUAUUUAAAGUGCCCUUUCCAGCUUCUCAACCACUUGAAACCGAAGUCCAGCCAUCCACUUCAACAUUCCAGCCUCCACCCAACAUACAACCAAACGCUCAGAUAAACGAAUCACCGACAAUUCAAGUACCCUCUCCAACACAUUCAACGACACCCCCGUCCGAUCCUGACCCUCUUUUCCGACGGCCCAGUAAUCGGUCAGAGAAUACAACAAGCAGUUUGACCACUGAUCCUGCAGUUCCUCGUCUUUUGACAUCUGGCGAUGAAAAAGAAGAGGCAAAGAAGAAACCAAGGCAGAAAAAAGAAAGGCCAAAUAGCGAUAUAGAUAAUGACGGGGUGAUAAAAGAUGACGAAGAACCGAGUCAGAAAUCGAACGGUAGCAAUGGAAGCGGGAAACAAACAAUCGUAUAA